AUGCCUGCGGGCAUGUCCUGGCCUAGUUAUCUGAAAAUGGCAGCGGCCAGCCUCCUGGCCAUGUGUGCCAGUGCCCAAGUGGUGCACAGUUACUACCGGCCCGACCUGACAAGACCUGAAAGUCCACCAAAGCCUGGAGAACUCAAAACAGAGCUCUUAGGACUAAAAGAGAGACAACACAAACCUCAGGUCGCAGAGCAAUAAAAACUGUGGAACUCAAUGAUGCCAAGAAUUUUGUGAAUGGAAGUCUUAAAUAUGUACUAAACAUGACUUAUUGUGUCAAACUACUUGUGGCUAAGCACCUAAUGCUAUGCUAAUAGUGAAUUGGUGCUUUGUCUAUAUUCACUGAUUAGGUGAACUUUUCAUUAUGGUUUGACCAAAACGCCAAACUGCCUAUGCUCAGCCUUUUGCAUGUGGACUGGAAGAUGGCUGGUCUUGUAUAUCAUGUAAGAGAGAGCAUUUGCCAUG